AUGGACCACGACAAGAACAUCGACGUCACCCCCAGCUUCGAUCAUCACGCAUGGUACGACCUUGAUCAGGACAAGUAUCAUACCAUUAGUUGCUGCCGCCGCCGCCGUGGAAAAUUCUCCCAUGGCAAGGGGAUCAUUUCAUCCCUUGCCUCGCGCAGCUGGUUCAGCGGCCUUGCGGGAAUUUGA